UUUCCCAGCAAAUACGAACAAAAAAUUCAUUUCUAAUUGGAAUUUGGACAAAUUAAUUAACGUCAUGUUGUGAUAAAAACAAAAGUAUGAAAAAACAAUAAUUUAAAAACAAUAUUGUGCAAAUUAUUAACAAAUUAAUACAUAAAAAUAUAAAAAAAAAUAAUGAAUAUAUAAAGAAACCCCAAAAUAAAUAGAAAAGCGAUAAUCAAUUAUCAUUAAGGAAAACUAAUAAAAAGUGAUUGGAACAAAAAAAUAUAUUUAAUUGGUCACAAUGUCACCUCCUAAAACUUGUGCUGUAUGUGGUGACAAAGCACUGGGUUACAAUUUCAAUGCUGUGACCUGUGAAAGUUGCAAGGCAUUCUUUCGACGCAAUGCCUUGGCUAAAAAGCAAUUCACCUGUCCCUUUAAUCAGAACUGUGAAAUUACCGUGGUCACACGUAGAUUUUGUCAAAAAUGUCGUUUGAAAAAAUGUCUAGAUAUUGGCAUGAAAAGUGAGAAUAUCAUGUCCGAAGAGGACAAAAUGGCCAAACGAAGAAAAAUUGAAAGUAAUCGAGCUAAGCGAAAAACUAAUGAACAUAAAUCUCCAGAAACUAUGGGUGGUAAUCGGGAGCUUAAUAGUAUUGAGGGACAAGGUGAAACGGCAGUUGCUGAUAGUAGUGGUUACGAUUCAUUUGCUGGUAAUUAUGAUUCUCGUAGUUGUGGUUCUUUCGAUAGCAAUACAGCUGGCUCAACGACUGCGGGAGCUGCUCCAACUUCAAGCUCAACAUUGUCAACUGCAGAAGCGUUACGUGAUGUUAAUCCCGAAUUAAUGACAGGAGAGGAAAUGGUUGAAUUUAUUGUGGGAGAUCCGGAUAGGGCGUCACAAGCAAUAAGUAAAUUAAUGAGAACUCCAGCGGAAGCAGUAGCUACGCUGGAAAAGAUAAUUAAUUCUCAAAAGGAUGCUUUGCGUUUGAUAUCACAUUUAAUAAAUUAUCCAGGCGAUGCUUUAAAAAUCAUUAGUAAAAUUAUGAAUUCACCCUUUAAUGCUUUAACAGUAUUUACCAAAUUCAUGAGCUCACCCACCGAUGCUUUAGAGAUAAUAUCAAAGAUUGUUAGUUCUCCACAAGAGGUAUUGCAAUUCAUUAAGAAUUUAAUGGAUUCUCCCGAGAAUGCCAUGGAUAUAAUGAAUAAAUUCAUUAAUACACCAGCCGAAGCUUUACGUAUGCUAAAUCAAAUCUUUAAAGGUCACAAUGAGAAUAGUGGACAAACUUCAGAAAAGAAUAUUGAUCUAAAAGAUGUUAUUAAAAAUGUACAUGAUUUAACAACGCCCGAAAAUCUAACAGUAAAUGAGCAAACCACAAGAAAUUCUAAUGUUGCUUCACCAGCAAAUGAUAAUAUUCUUAUACAUUCUAUGCUUAACUAUCCCAGUCCGAAUGAUGUUAAUAAUGUUAUGCCAACGGCAUUAACAUCUCCCACACAUGUCUCUACACCAGCCACUCCUUUAUCCAUUGAUAGUGGUCAUUAUGUUACUCCACCUCUGUCUGUAGCUGGUCCUGCUACAGAAUCCCUAAACAUGUCAUCGCCAUUACAAUAUCACUCUUCGCCUGGAAUUAGUUCAACAGGUCCUUCAACUCCUCUACUACCAGUACCACAUGAUGAAUUACCCAGUACCUCUUCGGUAGGUCUUCUAUCACCACCCUCUGAAGUUGAUGCCGCUGCUGCGGCUGAAUUUGCCAGUGAACACUUUGAUAUUAAAACCUUUAUACAAAAUUCAUUUCCUGCUAACUCCUAUACGCCCGGUGAUAGUUUAAAUUCUUUAGAAUCGGUAUUAACCGAAGUGAUACGCAUAGAAUUUCAAGCCUUUAAUAAUUUACCACCAGAACCGCGUAUAAAACAUGAACAUACAAAUUCUAUGCUUAAUCUAUCACAAAAUUCCGAUGAUAUACAUAGAGUAUCACAGUAUGGUCAUAUUAAUUGUAUACCACAACAGCAAUCGAUGCAAUGUCAACCACCGGUUGUGUGUUCGCCCUCAACAAGUGUUAAUAUGUCGCGAGAUCUAAAUGAAACUGAAUUAAUGAAAUUGCGAGAGUUAAAAAUGGCCAGUGAGGCAUUAUAUUUGCCUGUCGAUGAUGAUUUGAGUGUUCUUAUGAGUGAUGAUAGAAUUAAGCCCGAAGAUACAAAUCAAGAUCCAAAACUACUACAAGUGAUAAAUUUAACGGCCGUCGCUAUAAAACGUUUAAUAAAAAUGGCCAAAAAGAUAGCAGGCUUUCGUGAUAUGUGUCAAGAAGAUCAGGUGGCCUUACUGAAAGGUGGCUGUACCGAAAUGAUGAUAAUGCGUUCAGUCAUGACCUACGAUGAUAAUCGUAAUACAUGGAAGAUACCUCAUACCAAAGAUGACAUGUCCAAUAUAAGAGCAGAUGUUUUAAAAUUAGCCAAAGGUAAUGUUUAUGAAGAACAUAUUAAAUUUAUAAGUACAUUUGAUGAAAAAUGGCGUAUGGAUGAGCACAUAAUAUUAAUAAUGUGUGCCAUUGUAUUAUUUUCACCCACAAGGCCACGUAUUAUACAUUCCGAUGUUAUCAGAUUAGAACAGAAUUCUUAUUAUUAUCUUCUGCGAAGAUAUUUGGAAUCUGUUUAUCCUGGUUGCGAGGCUAAAUCGGCUUUUAUCAAAUUAAUACAAAAAAUUUCAGAUGUUGAACGUCUGAAUCAAUUUAUUAUUGGUGUCUAUUUAAAUGUUAAUCCAUCACAAGUUGAACCUUUAUUAAGAGAAAUUUUUGAUUUAAAAAAUCAUUAGUUUUAUUUAUGUAUAUAUAUUCCUAUUUUAUUUACUGUUAUUUUAUCUAAAUUUUAUAUUAUAUUUUAUCUAAGUCUUUAUUGUUAAACUCUGUAAUUGUUAAUCCAUUAAAAGCAUAGAAUGCUUUAAAUCAAUUGUAAUGUACCUUUGCUGUUUAACUCCUCUUUUGUUUUAAUGUUACAAUUUGUACAAGUGAUAAAUGUACAAAAUAAAUUAAAAACCAAGAAAAAAAUAAUAUAAUAUAUCAGUAUAUUUUCUUAAAAAAUAUAUAAAUAACUAUUAUUAAACAAGUUCUAUUAUAUCAAAGAGAGAAAAUGAAAUAAUUGUGCAAUUUUUAUUCUAUCAUUGUAUAAACUAUACUUGUUAAUGUAAAUGUGUAAUUGUUUUUAUUCUAUUAACAAAUUAGUAUAAUAUUUGCCUGUAUAAAUAGUUAAUUAAUUGUUUAAAUUUUAAUUUAUGUACAAUAUUUAAAU